AUGUCCAGACGAGGUAGUACCGGUCCGACCGGGCUCCGGAGGAAACGGGACAUGGAGGAGCACCAGAAGGAGAGACGACGGGCUCUGCAGGCCCGACACCGGGCCAACCUGGCCACCCUGUUCGAGAAACUCAACACCGUGGUCUGCCCCACAUCCAACAAGAUGCCUGCUAAGUGUCUGGUCGCUCAGUGGAAGAUCUUGGACCACGCCAAAGGAUUUCUGAAAGAGCAGGAAGCCCACCUGAGCAGACUGAUGCUACUGAAAGGGAUAUUCCUCGGUAAUGAAGACGGGCCGUGCAGCUUGGAGGAAGUGAGGGCAGAGUACCGGAGGCUGCAGUCACACAGCAGCUCCCUGCGCUCCAGAAGACCUGGUGGCCACAGGCGUCAUGGCGUGGCUGACGGAGAGGACCUGACUGAGACCAGUGAGGAAGACUCUGAGGAGGAGACUCUGGAUGACUCCGCCCCCUCUCAGACCUCCAUCAACUCUCUAACCAACAUCCUGGAGUUUGAAGG